GCACUGUGCUUGGGAGAGUGAGCCUGCCCUGUGUGGUGGGGCAGCGAACUGUGAAGUGUCGAAUUUUUUCUAAGUCCUUUAUAACACAGACUGCUUUGUGUAAUUGCCUGCAUGUAUCUCUUCGAGGGGACAGAAUUUAGAAUUACUAUUUUGAGUCUAGCUCGGACUAGGUAGAAAUGGGUGUUUCAAUGUGUUUCCACUACUUGCUGUUCAGUUUCUGUUCCCCAGGUGUGAAACAUAGGGGUGCAUGGCUGGAAGGGACUUCAUGAAGCUAUGUGGUCCAUCGCCUUCGCUGGAGUAGCAUCACCUAUACAAAGCAACUCCUUCCAGACUUGUCUAAUCUGUUCUUAAACCUCUGUAGUGGCUACGGAAACUAUUUGGGAGCUUGUCUGAGUGCAUCUCUGGUUACUCCUAAUAUGUAAUCGGUAUUUGUCUCGUUGCAAAUUAGGCCAGCGAGCAUGAAAACAGUUGAUUGCUGUUUAUUAUGACUAAUAAUGCACAGGAAGGCUUAUUUCAAGCUUUAAGUGUCUCCUCCCUAUUUAUUUCAAUACUGUAUGAACUGAGUACUUAAACUUUUUCUUAUUCACCAUGUUUUCAAAACCUCUUAUCACUGCUCUCCUCUGAACUCCUCUUUGUAUAUGCUCUUGAACUGUGGUGCCUUGAGAUGAACAUGUAAUUCCAGCUGAUUUUGAUGCCUAUACCAUUCCUUAUCAGUAUGGUGUUGAGUGAAAAAACAAGACUAAAGUUAUCUUGCUUGCAGUAUGCCGUGGUAGGUGCCAUUGAGGCUGUGUUCUGCGCUGCUGUGACAAUGACUGCCUGGCUUUGUGGCAGUCCACUCCUCUUCUUACUCUGUUCCCUUAUCUUGAAUUUGUGCCACACAUGUCUGUCCAGUUUAAUAGUAUUUCAUGUAACUAACCUUCACUUCAACUGCUGGGCUUUUUAAAUAAAUUUGUUCCCCAAAAAGGUUUUGCCCAACUUCAUGGUCUGGUGGUCUGGGUUUGUUUGGUUUUUUUUUUGUUGGGGGUGGAAGAAGAAGUGUUGGGGGAUCACGCUGUAGUGAGUCUUCUGUGUUUCAUAUACAACUGAGGGGUAGGCACUACAGGUACAACUCUUAUGAUAUUAUACAAAAUGUUUAGCGAAUGUUGAAGUUGACAGACAAUUAUUCUUCUCUGUAGUAACAAGAAUGUUUUCCAAUUAUUGGCUAAUAAAUAUGAAUGGAGAAAAGUGUUAUACUGUUGACUGUUUUCUAUUUGCUUUAAAGAUCUCUUCCUGUAGAGCAGGAAGACUUCCCUCAAUGUGCUACUGCUGUCCUGUGAAUGGUCGUGUUCUGGGUGUGUGUCUUGUCUCCAUAAUCUGUAUUUUGCUACCACUUAUAUCUUACCUUCUAAAUGACUCUACCGACGGAUACUCUUUCGUUGGGUGGUUUCCCCCGCCUUGCCAAAGUUUGGAGUGUUUUCCUGCUAUGUUGAGGGCCCCUGCCAGGGUUAGACGUCUCCUUUGGAGUGGACCGUGUAGAGAAGAGCUAGAGUGUUGAUGGCACUUACCAACUGGUGUGGAUUUGUGUCUCGAGGCUGUAACUGCCAGGGCAAACUGCUUUUUCUGCUGGCAAACUCCUCUUGAUCUCUUGGCUGUUCUAGUCUCUCUACACCUUACUUAUGUGCGUACAUACUGCCAAAAGGUAACAGAGGGCUAAACUGUUGUCUCACUCAAGUGAAAUAUUUCAGGUCUGCUGAUUUCUUCGCAAUGCGGUAUUUUGUUGGAAUCUGACUUUACUCUUGUUUGAUGAUCCUGGCUUUGUAAAGUGUGUAUGGGAAGGUGUCUGGAUGAUGUUACUUUACCAUUAAAUAAAGCCUAAGUACAAAUAAAAUAUAUGCAAAUUGUUUUGACUCUUUAAAUUAGACCCGGAAACUUUAAGUCCAGAGGUAAGGAUAACUGCUUGCUGUGCCUGGCCACUUUUUUGACUGUUCUUGGUAGUCAAGGAGCAUUUCUUCCACCUGUUGUUUUGCAGCACAAAUUUCUGAUCAGUUUUCAAAGCGUGGACUCCAAAUUAAUUUCUCUGUCGUAGAAGAUACUCUCAGUGGAUGACUUUGAACCCAAAUCAUUGAUUCCUUCAUGUUUAAAGAUCUGCUUUACUAAAUACUAUUAGAAAACUUGCCUCCACCUUUAAGCAUAUCUUUUGUGUACUGGUGAAUAUUUUAACUCUGCUUAGCAAACUGACUUUCAAACAUUUUGAAAAAUUAUGAACAAAGUAGUGCAUGGUCAUCUUUUUGGUAUGUCAUUUCUGUGAAUAGUAUCUCGUGUACCCUAUCUUUAGACAACAUCAUGUCACAUUGAGGGUAGGGGAAACUGUUAAUAGAUCAGUUGCAAGGGAACUGAACUACAUACCAGCAGGUUGUAACCUGAAUUCUAACUUUGUGUGUUUGGUCUGUAUCAUUGAAAAAAUGACAUUAUAGUUUAUUGUUCAUGAUAUGUAUUGUUAGUGUCUGGUAUCUAAUGCAUCCUAUAUGAAGUGCUAAAUAAACACUAUACUACUGUAUUUCCAUUGCCACAUUUAAAUAAAGCCUACUAUGAAUAGCAACUUUUCUCUUCUUACUUCUUAUUCCAUGUUUCAGAUUAUUAUGCAAUGAAGUAGCUUUUAUACAAAUGCAGUGCUGGGGGCAAGAUCUGAUACUGCUCAGAGACCCCAGACUGGGGUAGGAAUUGGUGCUUAGAUGCAGGUAAUCAGUACACUACUUUGGAGAAAAUAAACACGAGCGGAUGACCUUGCUCGUGGUGCUGUUUCCGUACCUGCCUUCUGAAUCAGUUCUGCCUUCUUGGCCAUUUCAGCAAUAUCGACCUUGAACCUGGGAUUUUCUUGAACGUUAUCCUGUGCUACUUAAGAUAUACGUGGCCCAUAGAUACAUGACAGUUUUUAUAACUACCCAAUAAAACGCUGCUGUCCCUAGGAGCAGAGGGAAGGCAAUAAAAAAUUGUACAAAUGCUCCUGUGAACUUCUGUAUAGACCAUACUGCACUUCUUUUAUUAAUUGCCAACAGAAAACACCAACUUGGCAAUGGAGAUCCGGAUUUGUAUCGGUAGGAAAGGUAGAAAGAUCUGUUUAGUCUUCCACAGGGGGUCCACUUCUCUGCUUGCUUUUGUGAAAUAACUUUGAUACUACAGGUGGGAAAGUGUUACAAAAGUACUUUCUUUGAAACUAGCAAAAUAUUGAGUAUUUAUAGCAUAUUCUGAGGAAGUAAGUUGAAGUAUGAUGACAAAUAUGUUCUCUCAAAGCCAGUGUCUUCUGAUAUAGCUGUAUAGUCUGUUUCAAAAUGCCUGCAAUGGAGUCAAGAUUAUUGAUUAUUAUAACCUGUGAUUUCAGGAGGAUAAUAGCUUUGUUUUUAGAAAAGUUUCAGUGAUUAGGGAUUCUAGACAUACUAGGCCAAGUUUAAGUACCCUUUAGAAACUUUUAAAGGUACUAAUGUGACCCAUAUGGAUGAUGAUACUAUGUCAAAGGAUGCCUUUUAGUGCUGUUUUGUGAACUUUGUGCAAGUGGUUAAAAAGAGCCUUUCUAGCCAGAAUCCAGUAGGAUAGGAAUCUGUAUUAGCAGUUUCACUGCAAUUUUUUUUGUAUUUGUGCACCUAGCGCUCAGGUUUUCAUGUUACAAGGAAAUACCUACUCCUUCUCCUACUUGAGGCCUGUAUAACUAAGUGUCUCAGCAACAUCAGCCUUGCUAACUCAGUUCUGGUUUGUCAUCUAUCGUGGUCUAGUCAUGCAUGCAAAGAUCUUUAGAAAAAUCCCUAUGAAACAUUAAAAAAAAACAAACCAACCCCAAAAUUGCUUUAUUCAAAUGACUGCAAUUGAAUGUUUCUGUAAUGUUUGUUUCUUAGGCAGCAGUGGAGUGAGAUGGAGGUUGUCCUGUGUGUCAAGGCAGUCCUGAGGAAGAAAGAAAAGUGUUACAUUGGUGCUCGUUUUGUGUUUUGUAUCUGGACUGGUCUGUAGAUGAAGGAAGAGAAUCAAAGCAUAACAUCUGAGCGUGCUAGUCCAACAUAAAACACGUCCCAGCACGUGGAAACAGUGAUACCGGCUCACAUGCAGAUGCCGAGUUUACUGCUAUUUUCAAAUCUACCAGGGAAGGAGGCAGUAGAAUUGGAGGUGGCAGGGAACAGCUGUACAUUAAACUUCCCGAACCCUAACACACUUUUUAUCCUUUUAAACUGCUGUAUAACACUUACCCUGAAGUUAGUUCCUGAAUUGUUCUUAAUCUUAUUUUAGUUUUUAUAAAUCAAGAUGGCAGUUAAAGAAAGGAAAUUAAGCUGCUUGAUCUUUUCCAGAGAGUUCAGAAACCCAUGCUUUUGUCUGAAGCUGUAGUAAAAACAUUUAGUGCUUACUUGGAAAAGAUCUCAGAUACCAGUAGUAAACUCCAGAGUAUAGCUGAAUGACUAAAGGAGACUUGCGUGGAAUAAAUAAGAUUUGUUUUCUGUGACUGUCAUUAGGGUUGGCUGGAAAGGAUUAUCGUAGAUAACUCAAAGCAGAUGUUCUCCAGUAAACUUUCGAGUGAAUUGGUCUGUGUGCCAGUCAAUCUUCACAACAUGGGAAUAGCAUGAGAUAAUUUGAAAUGCCAUAUGAAUUAUUUUUAGCUGAUUUCUGCAAGCUCCUAAAAUGCGAGGUCCUGGGGUUGCUUCAUGAAAGUUCUUGUUUUGGGAGGGUAGUAAUGGGUUGCACCGUAAGUAGACGAAGACAAAUAGAAACUAAAAUGAUGUGCAAGUUCCUGAGAUGCCAUCUUACGCAAUUAUACUCUUAACUAUCGUCUGAAGAGAGCAAGGUUGCCAAACUCCCUUUUCCCACUCUGCUUUAUGUUACUUUGGCUAUCUGCUGUGUAGCCAGUGAGUAUUUUUAAUAGCAGCUUGCGUUAAUAAAUUAUCAUUUCUGGUGCUGUUCAAAGUAGGAUGAUGUCCUGGUAGGUUUUGUAACUUCAGUCUCAUGUCAGUAGUGUGACAAUAUAUUAAUUUUAUUAAGCCAGUAACAGGUGGUUUAAGGUAAAGGUACUGAUGUGCAAUACUGAUGUGCUGCUGGUACCAAAAUAGAUGUCUUCGCAUUGAAUAGAUGAUACUUGAGGCAUUUUGGGGAAGUCAUCUUGUUUUCAUCAUAAUGUUUAACUAUACCACAAGAAAUUUCAUAGUCUGCAUUAUUUUAAAAUAGGUGAAUAUGAUUUUUAUUAUAAGCUUCUCUUUGUGGCAGUUUGGGUGAAGCAUUCCAAGAAAACUACACAAAACUACUCGGGAAGGGUGGAGAAGUUGUUGAACCUGCCUGAACGUUUUAUUAUUUUUAAGAACCACGCUUCCCUGCAGGUCAAAAAGAAGGAAAAAAAAACCGAGAGGAGCUUCCUGCAGUUGAUCUCGAGUGUGAGCCUUCGUGCUCCUUGCAGCGAUUGCUUCAGUGUGACAGCAUGUUUUCAAUUGGUUACAAAUGUGUGAAGAAUCUGAAAUGGGUGUUUUGUGUUUUACCAGAAGUUGAGUGAUCAGCACAGACUCAGCAGUGUAAGGCUGCUUUCACUGUCUUAAUUGGCACCAUGUGUCCCUCAAAGGAGGGAAUGAAGUAAGAGUCUAUCAGUCUUGGUGUAGACCUGGUCUCUGAUCCAUAACAUGGUGGCAGUGCUGGAAGUGAUCUCCAGCCUGGAGAAAUAUCCCAUUACCAAAGAGGCACUUGAGGAAACGAGACUUGGGAGGCUUAUCAAUGAGGUGAGGAAGAAGACAUCCAAUGAGGAACUUGCCAAACGUGCCAAGAAAUUGUUGCGGAAUUGGCAAAAGUUGAUAGAACCUGUAACCCAGAAUGAACCAGUGCCAAGAGGGUUGCCGAAUCCACCUGGAUCAGCAAAUGGUGGUGCUCACAACUGCAAACCCGAAGCGCAACUUCCUGCUGUGGCUGGAUCAAAGCCCAUCAGCGAAUUGAAAAGCAGGAAUGAUAUACAGAAACUAAAUUCUCCAAAACCAGAGAAACUGGGAAAUCGGAAAAGGAAAGGUGAACACAGGGACGGGCAUCAGGGCCCUCCUCCCCCCAAAGUCUCCAAAGCUAGUCAUGAAGUAUUACAAAACUCUUCACCCCCUCCCACAAAUGGAAUUGGAGGUAGUCCUGAAAAUUUCCCUAGUCCUGUAGACAUAAAUCUACAUGCAGGGCCCGAAAGCAGCAGGACAGAACUCAGUGAAAAUGAUAAACACAAUAAGAUCCCAGUCAAUGCUGUAAAACCUCACACCAGUUCUCCAGGACUUGUAAAACCUUCAAGCACUUCCUCGUUAUUAAAGACUGCAGUGCUUCAGCAGCAUGAUAAAUCGGAAGAAACCACAGGACCGCACCAACCCAAGAGUCCUCGCUGUUCCUCGUUUAGCCCCAGAAAUGUUAGGCAUGAUACUUUUGCUCGGCAGCAUACUACGUACUCACCAAAGGAUUCAAUGCCUAGUCCAUCUCAAAGGUCUCAGUUCUUAGAUACUGCACAGGUGCCAUCACCGCCACCAUCCCUGAUGCAACCGUCGACACCUCCAAUGCCAGCAAAAAGACUGGAGUUCUCUCAGCAAUCGGUAACUGAGGUAUCUCAGCACUGGCAGGAGCAGCAGGUACCUUCUGAAAGCCAGCACAGGCAUACAGCAGGGACACUUCAACAGCACACAUCUUCCAGCUGCAAAACCAGCUCCCACCCUGGGGAAUCUCUCACGCCACACAUGGGCUUUUCACAGGACGCUUCAAAAAUGGACAGUGAUGAUGCUGCUUCAGGUUCCGAUAGUAAAAAGAAGAAAAGGUACCGACCCAGAGACUAUACAGUCAACUUGGAUGGGCACGUGACAGAAGGGGGUGUGAAACCUGUGAGAUUAAAAGAGAGAAAACUCACUUUUGAUCCCAUGACAGGACAGAUAAAACCUUUAACACAGAAAGAUCCUUUGCAGGUAGAAAUCCCUGCACUUACUGAACAGCACAGGACAGAAACGGAAAAGCAGGAGCAAAAACCCAACCUGCAAAGCCCCUUUGAACAAACGAACUGGAAAGAAUUAUCCAGAAAUGAAAUCAUUCAGUCAUAUUUAAACAGACAGAGUAGCUUGCUGUCUUCAUCAGGAGUACAGACUCCAGGAGCUCACUACUUCAUGUCUGAAUAUUUAAAGCAGGAGGAAAGCACUAGAAAAGAGGCUAGAAAGACUCAUGUUCUAGCUCCUAACAGCAAACCUACAGACUUGCCUGGGGUCACAAGAGAGGUCACAAGUGAUGACCUCAACAGAAUACGUGAACAUAACUGGCCAGGCGUGAACGGUUGUUAUGACACACAGGGUAACUGGUAUGAUUGGACACAGUGCAUAUCUUUAGAUCCACAUGGGGAUGAUGGUAGAUUGAACAUCCUGCCUUACGUCUGCCUAGACUGAGUACAGUUUUGCUAAAAAUGCUUUUACAUCUGCAAUUAGCAAAAAUGGCAGACACUAUGCCACUUAAAGAUGGAGAAAGCCUCCUGUCCUGGACAAACAGGCCCAACGAGCAGAGGGUGUGAGGGAGCUGGUUCUUUUACAGCUCUUCCCUUUAAAUUCUCCUUUUGUGAAAUGCUGCUACCAGUUUACUAACAAUUGCAAAGGAAGGCAUACGAAGGUUGAUAAAUUGAGUUCAAAACUCUUAUAGCGAGCCAGCUAUAAAAAAGUGUUAGUCCCCAAGAAGUGAAGAGGAUUUCCAGCACUUUCUGAAUGCCGGAAUCUUAUUACAGGCAGGUACAGAGAAAAUUGUGGAAGUUACCUUUACAAAAUAUGCAUCUAUUUAUUUGACUUGAUUUGGGUUUUUAUUUGGCAGUGAGAUAUUCGAGAGACAAUGUGCAAAAACUGUAGUUUUAUUUGUAUCACAUCUCUGAACAUGAUUGCGUUUUUUUUAAAGUCAUGUGGUACGGAGAUUGGGUUUUAAACAGCAGGUGUUGCACUGCAGGCUGGGAGACCAGCUUCAGCUCAACAUUCCAUAGGCAUCCACAUAUUUUAGUCUGGUUUCAGUUUAAAUCCAGUCUCUGAGAAAUGCUGCAAAAACUAGAUGUUUAAUGAUAUUUUUUGAUCCCACCACCACCAGCCAAAUAUUUUUCCUCCUUUUCCCUUCCUGCAAACUUCUAGGAAAAAAGAAAAAAAAAAGAAAAAUCACCUUUUCUAGAAUCUAAAUGUAAUGAGGGUGCUACAAGUUUGUAACUGUACUGUGAGAGGGAAAAAGGAAGCCUGUUUGUAUGCUGGAAAUAUACUUGUUACCAUUCCUUUAGAUAUUGUUUGCCUUAUGGAUAUCCAUCAUAAACGCAAUUUGCAAAAACAAAGAGCCUUAGUGAAUGUACAGUACCUAGACUUCUGUGUUCUUGGGAUGCAGAAGGGAGCAACUUUGCUAUUUGGUCCUUUAAGUGGACACAUUGUGAUAUAAAUGUGGAAAUAAAAAAAAUUUGCACAAAACAGUUUGUGAAUUAUUUAUACUUAACUCAUUUUUUUUAAAGUUUGCUCAAUUCAGACCAGCUAAGUGAUCAUCAACACUGAGAAUCCGUCGGAGCAGUGUGGUGAAGCCGAAUCCCAUCCGACACUGUCGAAAGCAGCUGGCUGUUAGGGAUAUACAAGAUGUCUUCCAAGUACGUUGGUGGUAUUCAGUCGCACAGGUUGGAUUUUUUUUUUAAACUCUGGUUGCAUCCAGGGUCUGGAGACUGAUAACCCAAUUGCUGUUAAUGUACCUCAAAGUCUAAAAAGAUCAUAGUUCAUCUUUUUUCUCAGUAACUUUGUAAUAUAUUAUUCCUAAUUGUUAAAAUGCUUUCUGAAGCAGCCUGGUUCAGUAUAGAAGGCUAAGAAUUUCUAUUAACUGUAAUUGCUUUAACAUUCGGGACUAGUUGUUUUCUGCAGUCCCCGGUGCUGGGCUUCUGUCCAGGGGAAAAGGGGAGGGGACACUAUACCAAAAAUAUUUCUAGGCUUAGUGAUGUUAACUCUGUUAACCCGUUUGUGCUGGAUCUCGCUUCUAUGGAGAAGAGCCUUGGCAAGAGUUCUCCUGCCUUGAGAGGAGAGUCAAGCUCUUAUGUGAUUUUAAAAGGGUGUUCCUCGCCAGGUAUACAUUAAGUUGGUUCAUUCCCUGGAAUACAACCGAUAAGGUUUGGUUUCAGUUCUUGUUCAAACCUACUGCUUUUGUGAUCUGACUGGUAUUGAAAUGUGUGGGUGUCUCAGAAAUCUUAACUGAUGUCUGUGCUUCCAUUUCUGAAAUCUGGGGUCUGAGUGUGAAACCAGAAAAAGUGGUUACCAAAAAAAUGCUUCCAAGUAUAUUUUCAGUUUACUUCCAUUUUGUCCUUCUGCAGUUGAUGAGGUCAAGCAGUGUGUUUUAAAGUUGGGGAAAGCUACUUUCAGAAAGGUAGAUUUGAUGGUAGAGGGCUGAAAAGCUGGUCAUUUUGGAAAAUGCUUGGGUUUUGUUUAUGUAAAAAAUACUGUGCAUCUUAUCUCCCACCGCCCCUUGUCCCUUUUUCCCUGAAUGGUCGCAUUUAGGAACAGGGUCCGUGCUCUUCUAAGGCCUUUGAAUAUAGGGCAAAUUUCAGGAAAUGACAAAAGUAUUACAUUAACACUUUAUAAAACCCAUCUUUUUCUCCACUGCUUACGUUUCUGAUGCAAUCAAUGGCCCUUGUGGACCACACUCGGUGAGGUGAUGCCCUAAGGUCAUCACUGCUUUCAAAUUACAUCCAGCUCUGGGUAGCAAAGUGACCGUGCUGAUGCUCUCUUUGCUUGAGGGAGUGUCAGGUAUUAGAGCCAGCCCUUUCCCUAGCGGUACUAAAUCGUUAGAGAAAUUCACUCACAAUGCAAGCUUUAAAUCUUGUUCCAUACCGAGUUUGUUUCUGCUGUAAGGGUCAACUCACUGGGAUGUCAUCCAGGGUGAGACGAGGCUUGACAAUCUUUAUUUCAGCAUGCUAGUAUAACCAGUUCUGUGAGCUCCA